AUGGGUGCAGCUAUUCUUCCGGAAUCAUGUCUUCGAAAAAUUUUUAAUAGUUUUAAUAAUUUAGAUUAUAGUAUAAGCUUUAAACGUUCACUUGUCUUGAUUAAUCGUUACUGGUGCGAAACUCUUACACCAGAGCUCUGGAGUGAUCCUUUUGAAAACUGUGAAACGGAUGAAGGAUACGAAUUAUUAAUUGAUACAUAUCUUAAAUGUUUACCUUCUAAUGUAUUGAAAAAUCUUGGACUUGUUACGACGUCAUCAUCUAUUGCAUUUGAUUAUCCAUCUUAUUUACGACACCUUGAUCCUAAUGUAAUAUUGUCAGGUGUUAAAGUUUGGGUCGAACAAACCAUUCGUCCAGAUAUUGAUUUGAUUGAGAAAGAACGAAGAAUAAUGGCGAUAUAUUGUGCACUUUUGGGAAAUUUUAUAAUGAAUGAUUCUGGAGCCCUGGAAUUGUCAAACAUUUUACAAUCAGCUUUGGCGGUUUCUAAGAAAGUUCAAAAAUUAAAAGUUUGCUUGAUAAAUAUUGACAUCGGCAUUGAUUUGGUAGUUAAAAAUAUGGCAUGUUUUAUUAAAAAUCAACAAAAUCUAAAAGCCGUGUCUGUUGAAAGUUUCGAAAGGGACUUUCGUAAACUUUGGAAAUCAAUUUCUUUACAUUUCAACACAUUAAUUGAUGUCAGAUUAGUUUCUAUAAAAUUUAACGAACGUAGGCCCUUUCAACUUCAAGAAUUAGCGUUCAUUCCUAACUUAGAAGUUCUCAAAAUUUAUAAUUGUGAAAACUUGGAGUUUUCAUCAUAUUCGAAAAUUGAACCAAUAGCGUUUCAAAAGAUUCAUAGAUUUAAAGUUGAGAAUUGUCGAAAUUUUCCAGUAGGUUUUAUUAGGAUUGUUUUAUCUAGAUCUAACAAAACAAUGAGAGAAAUUGGAUUUCGAGGACUUGAUACAAAUGUAAAGAUUAUUGAACUAUGCAUACAAUUCUGCACCAAAAUUACCAGAAUAGAUACAACCGUCAAGCGAAGUCAAAUUCCAAAGUUUAUUGAAUUAUUAGAAGUAUGUAAAGAUUUACGAGAAAUCUAUAUCGAUGAUAUGAUUUAUGUAGAUGAAUACACGGCAUUGAUGGGUAAUAAACGUAGAAUUACUUCUGAAGAUGGAAACGAAAUUCUUAUACAACUUGGAAAAGUACUUCCACGAAAAGUUCAAUCAUUUAUAUUUUAUUUGGAUUGGUGGUUUACACCGAAUUCGUUAGAAUCAUUUUUGAAAAGUUGUGCCGUCAAAGAAUUGAGAACACUCUCCUUUGCCUUAUAUAAAUCUUUUUCUUAUAAGCAUCUGGAAGUUAUACUAAAGUAUUGUUCUGGUACUUUGAGAAAUUUACACCUUAAUACGAAUAAGCAUAUACCUGAUAGAGAUCUAGAAAAAGCUAGAGAUAAUAUUGAGUACAUUAUUUUUGAUGGGGGCGAAUAUAUUGAUGAAUAUAGGUGUUAUGAAGGAUCCGAUGAAGAAUCUUAUGAUGACAAAUUUGACAUACAUUACG